AUGUCAAGUAUUGCAUGGGGGGGUGGAGGGAUGUGGAAGGAAAUCCUGGAGGAGCAGGGAAUGGGGAUGUCGGACGAGGAUGGGGAUGCCCUCCUGCAAGACAUCGUCCUCACCCCUGAAGAACUCGCCCUUAUGACGGACAGGGACGAGAAACCCAUCUACCUGGCUCUCCUCGGACGCAUCUACGACGUCUCUGCCGGUCGCAAGCGCUAUGGCCCUGGCGGGUCUCAUGCCUUCUUCACCGGGCGUGAUGGAUCUCGAGCUUUCGUGACUGGGGACUUCACAGAUGCCAGUCUCACGGACGAGGUGUCCGGGCUGUCGGUCCAAGACUACCGGCGCCUCGACGAGUGGUCCGACUUCUACGACCGCGAGUACGAAUACAUCGGGAAGGUAGUGUGGAGGUUAUAUGACAAGAAGAAGAAGACCAAGAAUGCGAAGCAGGUGGAGCGCUGGGUAGGGGAGGCGUUCUCGGCCAAGGAGGCCGAAGACGAGGACGGAGGCAUCUCUCGAGACUGGGCGGGGAUUCCACGGAGGCUGUACAACCCAGGAGGGGAGACUAGGUGCGUUUGCGUCAGGAACUUCGGGCCGCCCACCCAUCGUUACGCAGGGGUGGAGCACUCGGAGGACCGGGAAGACCUGGACCACCCGCAGCUGCGGGAAUACGAGGACUACGAGAGGCUUCUAGGAUACCAAAUCCCUCAAUACGUGGAGCUGUUCGAUCGAUGGCCUGAAGUUCUGUCGGGGACUGAUCCAGAGCCCUGA